GAGAUCCAGCUCUGCCAUUGCUCUUGAAGCAGCCAGGAGUGAGAGAAUGUACGGGGGAAGAGGCAGUGCCACUCUAACUCUGGUGACCUGGGCGGCGCUACUGUGCUUGGUGCUUGUUCAGCUGGAACCCGCAAAUGCCGCAACUUACACGGUGGGAGGCCCCGGAGGUUGGGGUUUGAACUCUGAUACCUGGCCCAAAGGAAAGAGGUUCCGAGCCGGCGAUGUCCUCGUGUUUAACUACGACGCAACGAUGCACAAUGUGGUGGCUGUGAACAGAAAUGGGUACCAGAGCUGCAGUUCUCCGGCGGGUGCCAAAGUGUUGAGUACGGGGAAGGACCAGGUAAGGCUGGCACGCGGCCAGAACUACUUCAUUUGCGGCAAUUCCGGCCACUGCCAGUCCGGCAUGAGGCUUGCUAUUAACGCCCUGUGAUUCAGCCCUUACAAAUAUGUAUAAUUAAUUAUCAAUAAGAUAGAGCAUCUUCAUAAUGUUUCUGUUAUAUGGUCAGUGUGCGCGUAUGUGAGUACUGUAAUCCUGUGACAUAAUCACGUUGUGCGAGUAAUGGGCUGGCUAGUUAUGGAAGUUUGUUUGUGGUGUAUCGGGCAAGGGAGGGUUGGUCCUUAUCUAUGUCCAAGUGCCGGUGGACUCCAUCUGGGUUAAUCAGCAAUGUAUAAUAUAUUUGGGAAUAUUAGUUCGCUGAUCGCCACCGCGUUACAAAUUUGUGGUUUGGUUCGCUUUAUUCGACUUUCUCAACAUCUCUAAACUCGAUAUAUAUAUUCCCAUUUUCAUCUUUC